GAUGGCUCAGGACAUUAUGAGCGCUGCCUGUACGCUUCAAGUCCAGGACGAACUGGAAAUGCGUUUCAAGACUACCGAUUCUCUCGAGUUCAACAUCACACGCGUUCGAUGGAUGAACACAGCUGAAGCUAUGGAGCAACGAAAACUUGGAGAAAUUAACGCAUCCGCGAUUGGACCAAACGCCGCAAAAUUCGUCGAAAAGUUUAAGGAUUUCCACAAUCGCUUACGGCAAUCUAAGCAUUCUUCAAAGGUAGCAGUAAUUGACAGCGGCGUGAUAGGUGUCCCGGAGCCUUCGACUACGGCAAACGGACAGCAUGCUGUAGUUCAUGGGAGCGACUUUGCUGGCCGUAUCGUGGAAGCCCGUUCAUUUGUAUACGACCGAGACGGCAUAGAACUACCAUGGUAUUUGGCAUCGGAUCCGCACGGAACACAAAUGACUCGCCUGAUCUGUGCGAUCAAUCCUUGUUGCGAAGUUUGCGUAGCCCGAGUUGGCGAAACAAGCAGAUCUGCAAUGUCGUCCAGUAGGAUUGCGAGCGCAAUAAGAUGGGCAAUCAACUGCCAAGUCGACAUCAUAUCAUUGAGCCUGGUUGCCUACGAAGAUAAAGACAAAGAAAUAGAGAAGGCUAUUGAAGCCGCAUAUGCUAAGGAUAUCGCAGUGUUUUGCAGCACGGCAGACGAAGGUAACAACAUCGGCCCGUCAUUUCCAGCGGACUAUUACGAAAAAGGAGUGUUCGCCAUCACAGCCUGCGACGAACAAGGCAAGCCCCUCAAUAUCAGUAAAGAGAAGGGCUACCAGUACCAGCUUCUAGGCAAAGACGUCCUUGUUGGAGCAGUCCCCUUCCUCAAGUCGCAAGAGCUCAUUAUGGGAAGCUCUGUUGCUACUGCUAUUGCAGCUGGGCUCGGAUCACUCAUUAUUUCGUGUCGUCGGCUUGCUCGGAAACCGACGCCUGGAGGGCAUGAAAAGCAUUUGAGUCGACGUGAGGAGAUCACAAAACGAUUCAAGCUUAUGAGACAUGAUCCGAACUCUGUCGAAAUGCCUUACUAUAUCCGUCCUGAGAAACUGGUCGGAAAGACGAUGCAAUCAAAUUUCCAAUUUGACCAUGGGUUCUUGGAGAAAGCAUUCGGUGAUGUUGAUGAUGCCAAUCGUUGGGUAUAA